AUGUAUGUGCAGCAUGGGAAAGCCGUGCCCAGCGUGGACUUGAGUGUCAGGGAUAACCAGACCUGGAAAGUGAAGCCUGGGCUUUCUCACUUCGCACGCAGCGAUGACCUUCAAGGCUGCAGGGACAGCAUCAAUCGGCUGGUAGCUUUCGCAAAGCAGUUUGUCAAGGGUCACCGGCAGAGAGAGACACCGGUGCUUCUGAAGGCCACAGCUGGCCUACGUGCGGUCCCCAGCGAAAAGGCCAAGGCUGUUCUGGAGACGGUCCGCUCCACACUCCUAAGCUCUGGCUUUUGGUUCCACGAGGACUGGGCGGAUAUCAUCAAGGGAAGCAAGGAAGAAGCUGGCCUUGCCUGGAUCGCCGCGAACUAUUUGCACGGCACCUUUGGUGAAGAGUCCUCUAGCUCACCUUCGCUUGGGAUCAUCGAGAUGGGGGGUGGAUCCACCCAGGUGUCCUUCCAGAUCGAGGCACAGGAAGUGCCCAAAGUCGCUGAAAGUGACACCUUCGAAUUUCGCACAGCGCUGGGGAAGACCUACCAUCUCUAUGCGCACAGCUAUUUGGGCUUUGGACAAGACUAUGCACAAGACAAGCUGAUCGAUCUGAGUGAUGGAAACCAAGACCCCUGCUACCCCAAAGGCUACUCUCGGGAACGGCACGGUUCCAAAAUGGAAGGUGUUGGCAGCAGCCAGCAAUGUGAGAGCAAUAUCCAAAGACUGCUUUUUCAGGAGUCAACGGCUCCAGGGCGUUAUGAAUAUGAGCUACCGUUGAGGGGGUCUUUGAUUGCCACGGAGAACUUCUUCUAUGUGAGACAAGAUCUCAAGUUCGACAAGAUGGAGGGAGUCCCGCCCAGUGAGGAGGAAGCAUCACAAGUUUGUGGUAAGGAGCUUGCAUCGAGCUUCGAGAAAGCCUGCUUUGCGCUCUCCUAUCAGUUAGCAUUUCUGGCGGCCGUGAAGGCGACAGAUCUGGGCGAAGUGAAGGUGAUGCGUAAGAUCAAUGGUGGCGACAUCGAUUGGGCCUUAGGUGCAGCCUUAGUGCAUUUGCUGCAAACAAGAUCUACUGGUCCAGGAAGUGCCAGUUGGAUCAGGAUCACUGCUUGGACACCCAUGCCGUUGUGGCUGACCUUGCUGGCUUCCAUCGGCUUGUUCUUUGGGUUCACCAUGUACCUGGUGCGAAGGCAAAAGUGUCCACCCAAGGCCAUGGCAAUGAAGAUGGACCCAACGCUCUUUGGAGCAAAGAAUGGGCUGGAAUAG